AAAGGAUUCAUGUUUGAUAUUUGUAUCCAAUUUUAUCAACACCUAGAUUAAUCGGUGCAGUUGUAGUUUUUGGCCGUAAUAAUGAAUCUUUACGGAACUUUUCUGUCAUAUUAUGUUUAUAUUUGACAAACCUCUUCGGGUUGAACCUACUCAACAAGUUAAUCAUAGAAAGGGCAAAUUAUACUGUCUAAAUCAGGGGUGUCCAAACUUUUUUUGUUGGGGGCCAGAAGGAGAAAUAUAUUUGAAGUCACGGGCCACACUCUGUAAUAAAACAAAUAAUGAAAUAUACCACUUUAAAUAAUAUGUUUUUCCUGAUUCCUGCACUCUCUCCGCUUUUAGACUCUGGCCCGUUUUUCUGCGCUAGAAAUGCGCACUCUCUCCGCUUUUAGACUCUGGCCCGUUUUUCUGCGCUAAAAAAUUGCGCACUCUCUCCGAUUUUAGACUCUUUGGCCCGUUUUUCUGCGCUAGAAAUGCGCACGCUCUCAGCGUUCAAACUUUGAAUCUCACAUUAUAAAAACCUGCUUAACAGCGGGCCGACUUUCAUUCUAUUUCUAAAACACCUCGCGGGCCGCUCCAAAAAAGGAAACGGGCCGCAGUUUGGACACCCCUGGUCUAAAUCCUUUCAAAUGUAUCUGUAUUGUUAUUAGUCUGUUCUGUGGGGUUCAGUUAUUAGUCAUUAAUCUGUUCUGUGGUGUUUAUAUCACUUUUAUGUGAAGAAGAUUCACUUUGUCUACAGUAAAGACUAUGGCAGCUCCCCUCCUGUCGCUAAUGCUGAUGGCGGUGCUGGUGCUGGUGUGUGGCGGGUCGCCGCUCUCCCACUCACCGAGAGGGGCUGAGGAGCAGGCGGGGAGGAGAGGCCCCCACCCGGGCACGGCUCUCUCCCUCCAGCCGGAGCUGCAGGCGGAGAGGACGGAGCGGCUGGCUGAGGAUCAGCGCGAAAUCAUCACCAAACAGAUCCUGCAGGCUUUAGCAGAGAUAAUUCCACGUGAGUGCAUUUCAGACUAUCAGGGCUGGGUGGACUUUGGACGCAGGAGUACGGACUAAAGCCAAGCUCUCUGUUUAAAUGUUCAAAUGCACCUGAAACUUUUACACUUUUCUGAUGUUUGUUUUGCUAAUGCCCAUGUUCACGUCUGCAAAGAGCGGAAUGUUUGUUAUUUUUUACACAAUGUAUUUUAAGCCAAUAAAAAUAUGUUUUGCAAUGUGAAAAAACA